UGGGAGCAACAAAAUUCAAGAACUUGUUUCUCUCUCUCGUUCCCUCUGUGUAGUCUCUACCGCCCCAAAUAAGGCAAUGCCGGAGAGAAAGAACACAACAGAAUUGAGGGAGGAAUUUUGAGUCGCCAUUACCAGAUUUCCAGAACGUGAUCAAGCAAUCAACAGAGUUUCACUGAGAAAAACCGCCUCUGUUCUACUUCUUCAAUCCAAAUUCAUACCACUAUACGGUAUAGCAAACGAAUCAGAGGCUGCAGACACAAAUUAUUGGAGUUCCGUUUGUUUCCUCAAUUCAUACAUCCAUUUGAUUCAUUUCUACAAUCGUCGUUUUCCUUUUUCAUCGAGAUUCAUUGAUUAAGAUUUGGGCGGAAUGAAUCUUUCGUUGCGUCAAGUUCGUUGGAUUCACUCGCCUGGAAAAGAAGAGCGCGUAUAACUUGCAUUCUGUAUUCCGUGGGUUAACAUUAGAUCGAGAAGUUUGAGGUGUCGGUUGCGCAGCAUUCAGCAUUCAGCAUUCUGUAUUCGGUAGUUUUUUAACAUUAGAUCGAGAAGUUUGAGGUGGCGGAUGAACAGAUUAGGAUGAGCGGAGUGGCCAUCCCGGUGGAAUCCACAUUUUCAUCCACAUCAUUAAAUGGGCCAUCCUGAAAACAAAUUAUCCGACCUGGUGGGCUUGGUGAAGUCAUGGAUGCCAUGGAGGUCCGACCCGGAAAAUGUCUCGAGGGACUUUUGGAUGCCCGACAAGAGCUGUAGGGUAUGUUAUGAGUGCGACUCUCAGUUCACGUUUAUCAACCGGCGGCAUCAUUGCCGUCGCUGUGGACGGGUUUUCUGUUCAAAAUGUACUGCAAAUUCCAUUCCUGCUCCUUCCACGGACCCGACGAAUUCUCGGGAGGAUUCCGAGAAGAUCAGAGUCUGUAAUUAUUGCUUCAAACAGUGGGGGAAGGAGCCAUCUGUCUUGCAAGAUGGGGACAAAGCUACCUGCUCUGCUGUUAGUCUAUCCUCUUCAUCCACCAGCAUUGGUAGCUCUAAGUCCGACUACACCUGUCAUAGUGCAAUCAGCAAUGUUAACUCAACGCCUUGCUCAAAUGAUCGUCAAUAUUAUGACCCGUAUAGUUCUGGUGUCAUAACUGAUGAGCAAGAUAAUUUAAGGAAUGGGAAGAGCAUAAAUCGCACUACGUCUCUCCUGACUUCAUCAUCCAGUUAUUAUGGCCAUUACAGGAGUGAUGAUGAGGAGGAUGAUUACUAUUAUGGAAUGUAUCGCUCAGACUCUGAAUGCAGGAAUAUCUCCCAGUCUGAUAAUUAUUAUUGUGAUGUUAACGCUGACGAAGGUUUAAAGCUUGAUGGAGAAGACAUCAGCAAAAAGGGUUCACCAGUGAUGUUUGACAAUCAGUGUCCAAGGGAUAGUGAAGAGUCUAGUGAAGACUCUGAUGAAAAUGAUAAAGGCUCUGAAUGUGAUUUUCCUACUUAUGCCAUGCAAAAUACGAAUAAUGAAGCUAUGGAUUUCCAGAACAAUGGGAUUCUCUGGCUUCCUCCAGAGCCAGAAGAUGAGGAGGAUGAGAAAACUCUUUUACUCGAUGAUGAUGAUGAUUCCUGUGCUCCAGGUGAAUGGGGAUAUGUACCUUCUUCCUUAGACAGUGGGGAAUGUCCCGUGAAGGGAAGGUCAAGCGAGGAGCACAGGAAAACUGCAAAAAACGUGGUAGAAGGGCAUUUUAGAGCUCUCGUUAGUCAACUUUUGGAGGCUGAGAAUCUUCCUAUAGGUGAUGAACCCUAUGAAGAUGGUUGGUUAGAUAUAAUAACAUAUCUGUCCUGGGAAGCAGCUGCAGUUCUGAAGCCAGAUACGAGCAAGAGUGGAGGGAUGGAUCCUGGUGGAUAUGUUAAGGUUAAAUACGUUGCUGGUGGAAAACGUAGUGAGAGUAUUAUUGUUAAAGGCAUCAUUUGCAAGAAGAAUGUAGCACACCGGCGGAUGACGAGAGAAAUAUCUAAACCGUGCUUUUUCGUCCUAGGGGGAGCUUUGGAGUAUCAACGUGUUACCAAUCACUUGUCAAGUCUAGAUACUUUGUUGCAGCAGGAACUUGACCAUUUGAAGAUGGCUGUUGCUAAGAUUGAUUCCCAUCAUCCUAAUGUUCUUUUGGUAGAGAAAUCAGUGUCUCGCCAUGCUCAAGAGUACCUUCUCUCAAAAAACAUCACUCUUGUUCUAAAUAUUAAAAGAUCCCUUUUAGAGCGUAUUGCUUGCUGCACCGGGGCAAGUAUAAUUCCUACUGUUGAUCAUGUUGCAUCGCUGAAGCUUGGUUAUUGUGAUGUAUUUCGUGUGGAGACAUUUGUGGAAGAGCAUUAUAGUGGUGAUGGCCAAGCUGGCAAGAAAACAACGAAGACUCUGAUGUUCUUUGAGGGAUGUCCAAAGCCUCUAUGUUGUACUAUUUUGCUCAGGGGUGCCUGUGGAGAUGAACUUAAAAAAGUUAAGCAUGUUGUUCAAUAUGCAACUUUUGCUGCCUAUCAUCUGGCUCUAGAAACAUGCUUCCUGGCUGAUGAAGGUGCUUCAGUUCCAGAGCUCCCAUUGAACUCCCCAAUAACAGUUGCCCUUCCUCAUAAUCCAUCAAAUAUAGACAGGUCUAUCUCCGCUAUACCUGGGUUUACUUGCCCUUCGCCAGACAAGUCUUCAGAGCCUAAACCUAGCAUGGAAAUUGGGCAAUAUGGAAAAGAUGCUGUUCCGAAUAGAGACUCAUCUAUAAUUAGUAAUAAUGUCGUCAAUUUGAACUCUCUAAGGCUGUUAAAGUCCAAUGCUUCCUCCACUUCCUUGUCUUUGCUGAAGCAGGAUGUUUCUAUUUCCGACAAUAAUAUGCUUUCCUCCAAAUUUACCUCAGAGGCAAAUAUACGUCUGGACAACAAAGAUGAUGAUACAGUUCCUAUCUCUGGUAAAGGUGAGGUUUCAAGUCAGCUUCGUAACUCUAUUUAUAUAAGCAGCAAUGCAUUGGAUGGAAAUACCCAAGCUUCAAAUGGUUCAACAUCUCAAAGACCUGAAAGCUCUAGUACUAAUCUAGUGACCACCAAAUCUUCAAAGGAAGAUUUCCCCUUGUCACCUUCUGACCAACAGAACAUUUUGGUGUCUUUGUCAACACGUUGUGUGUGGAAGGGAACUAUUUGUGAUCGUGCUCAUCUCUUACGAAUCAAAUACUAUGGGAGCUUUGAUGAGCCUUUGGGUCGGUUUCUACGGGAUCGUUUGUUUGAUCAGAAUUAUCGAUGUCGUUCGUGUGGUAUGCCCUCUGAGGCACAUGUGAAUUGUUAUACACAUCCACAAGGCAGCCUUACAAUAUCUGCUAAGAAACUCCCAGACUUUUUCUUACCAGGAGAAUCCGAAGGUAAAAUUUGGAUGUGGCACCGGUGUCUGAAGUGCCCUCGGACCAAUGGCUUCCCACCAGCCACUAGGAGAGUUAUUAUGUCUGAUGCUGCCUGGGGUUUAUCAUUUGGUAAAUUUUUGGAGUUAAGUUUUUCAAAUAAUGCAGCUGCCAGCCGUGUUGCAGGUUGUGGCCAUUUCCUUCAUAGAGAUUGUCUCCGGUUCUAUGGGUUUGGAAGAACGGUUGCAUGUUUCCACUAUGCAGCAAUUAAUGUUCAGUCUGUUCAUAUCCCGCCGUCCCUAAUUGAAUUUUACCAUAAUAAUCUGGAGUGGAUUAAUAAGGAAGCAAAUGAGGUACAUAACAGGGCUGAAACUCUAUUUGCUGAAGUAUGUAAAGCUCUUCCUCUGAUUCCAAAGCAUGAAUUGGGCUCAGAGCAAGAAGAUUUUGGGGUAAAUGAAUUGAACCAUUACAUUCAAGAACUAGAGCAAAUCAUUAUCAUGGAGAAAGAAGAUUUUGAGGUGCAUUUUAAUGAAGUACUAUCUGGAGAGACGACAGUUGGCCAGCCUACAGUUGAUAUUUUUGAGAUCAAUAAACUGCAUAUGCACAUUCUCUUUCUUUCAUAUAUUUGGGUUCAGCGCUUAAGUUACGCAGUCACUUUGAGAAGGAAGAAUUCCCCAUAUAGUUCAAGCAAUGACCUUCUAACACUGGAUGAAAGAGGAAUUGAAUCAGUGGAAGAGUUUGUAGAAUUUACUCUGGGAUUGGGACAAGAUGAUUUCUUUGGUGGUUGUGAUAAUGAUUCUCUACCUUUAGAGUCAAAACAUGAGAUUGAUCUUGGAAGAGGAGGUAAUUCAGGCCAAAUUAGCCAGUUGAACGAAACGGAGAGGGAAAAGGAUAUUGACCUUGGUGUACUGGAGGAUGAUCUUUGUCUUUCUCCAGUUAUGCCUCAAGAUGUUGAAAUUUCCAUGCGAAGGGCGAAUUCAGAGGGAGAAUAUCCAAUUAUGGCUGAUUUAUCUGAUACCCUUGAUGCAGUUUGGAAAGGUGUAAUGCACCCAAAUAGUGCAACAUCAGAUAGUAGUUAUUCGCGAACUAAUUCUGCCAUUCUGGAGCCAUUGGUAGGACAGUCUGAUAUGGAGAAGUGUAAUGCCAACUUAGUUGGAGCAGAGACAGCUCGUCUUCUUCAUUCUGCCUUAGUUUUAACAAUGGUUGAUUCUGUCGAGACAUCUACAAGUUUGGUAUCGAUGCCUUCUUCAGCAUAUAAUACAAAGAUUUCGUUGUUGAAUAUCCCAAAGCCUGACAUUGGCAACUAUGAUCCUGCCUUCAUUUCAUCGUUUAGGGAAUUGGAAAAACAAGGGUAUCUUCGGCUUCUUAUGCAUGUUGGUUCCACUGAUACUGUUGUUCCUGUCUAUGAUGAGGAGCCCACUAGUAUUAUUGCAUAUUCAUUGCUUACGCCAGAGUAUAAUGCUCAGAUGGCUGAGCCAGAGAGGGUACUAGAACCUGUGAAUACUGCACGCUCCUUGCCUAUUAUUGGUUCAGCUAAAAUGAACUCAAUUAAAACAUGUGAUGAAGAAGCUACAGAUGCCUACCAAACUCUUCGAUCCAAGGAAGAGACCAUUUUAUCCAUGCCUAGACCCGAAAGUCUUCAGUUUGAGGAUCUGCUUUUGUUCACUCAGGAUUUGCAUACAAGAGUUUGUUUUGUAAAUGAGACUCCUUUGGGGCCGGUGAAAUAUACCAUAACCUGCUACUUUGCUAAGCGGUUUGAGGCAUUACGAAAAAAGUGUUGCCCUUCCGAGUUAGAUUAUGUAAGGUCUAUUAGUCGUUGUAGGAGGUGGGGAGCCCAAGGUGGCAAAAGCAACGUUUUCUUUGCAAAAACUUUAGAUGAGCGGUUUAUUAUCAAACAGGUCACAAAAAUUGAGUUGGAAUCAUUCUUUCAGUUUGCACCCGCUUAUUUUAUAUAUUUGUCUGAAGCAAUACGUACAGGUUGUCCAACUUGCCUGGCAAAGGUCGUGGGGAUGUAUCAGGUGUCCUCAAAGCAUCCAAAGGGAGGAAAAGAAUGCAAGCUUGACAUUUUAGUGAUGGAGAAUCUUCUAUUUCGGCAUAAUGUGACACGACUUUAUGAUCUAAAAGGGUCAUCUCGAUCGCGCUACAAUUCAGACACGAGUGGAAAAAAUAAAGUUCUUUUGGAUCAGAAUCUGAUUGAAUCUAUGCCAACCUCCCCAAUAUUUUUGGGCAGCAAGGCAAAGCGGUUGUUAGAAAGAGCUGUUUGGAAUGAUACAUCAUUUUUAGCUUCAAUUGAUGUCAUGGACUACUCACUAUUAGUUGGCUUAGAUGAGGAAAAGCAAGAGCUGGUUGUGGGGAUUAUUGAUUUUAUGAGGCAAUAUACUUGGGAUAAACAUCUUGAAACUUGGGUGAAGAACUCUGGCAUUCUAGGUGGGCCCAAGAACGCUGCUCCUACUGUGAUCUCACCUCAUCAAUACAAGAAACGUUUCAGAAAAGCUAUGACUACAUAUUUUCUUAUGGUUCCCGAUCAAUGGCCUUCCUCAACAGUCAGCCCUAGUGAGUCCCACCCCGAUCUCUGUGAGGAAAGCUCAGAACCUGAGCAUUCAUGGGAUGGCAAACCUUAUAGGUAUCAGAGUGAUUGAUGAGAAGGUAAAACAGGGUGUCAUUUUGUGUAGAAUUACUCGCUUGGGGUAAACAUGUUGCGUAGAACAUAUAGCCCCAAUGAGCCUAGACAUGGAACUAAGUACCCAUCUUUGACAUCAAAUAGCAACUUCAGAUGGAAUUUUGAGCCCAUGCUUCGGCCUCGACUAAACAGCGAGGGUAGUUUUCACUUUAUGGACACGCUUCUCCCUCGUCGAGUUCCCUCUCCCCUUCUGUAAACCCGAAACUGCAGUAGAAGGCGAAAAUGGCUUUACUUGGAGAGGAAGGAUAUCUCUUAUUAUAACACGACAAACUUUGUCGUAGAAGCAUGAACCAUGGCUUAGCUUGAGGUCUUGCAAAGAUUACGACGAAUCGUGCAACCGUUUGAGUCGAUCACAUGGUAUGGUAUAUCAGAAGGCAUUGCUCUUGUGAAUAGUAGUAAGAAAAAGCAUAGUAAAUUAUUCUUUGUUCUUUCUUUUUCUUUGCCCUCGAGAAGAAGAUGAGUGUCUUUACGUUACCUCAUCUUCUAUCUUUUGGAGACUCAUUGAUAACUUUGGUAGAUGGCAUUUGUUAAGCUAAAACUUCUCUCCCUUUCGAGAAAUACGACAUUUUGUAGAGGGCGGUAGCAUUGUCGAUUAUACAGAGAGCAUAUCUACAUAUAAUGUAAAUGACUUUCGAUGAUUCAUUUUAA